UUAGCAGAAGGGAACAACAGACACUCUUAUAAAUAAUUACAUAGGCUUAGAGUUAGGGUUUUGAAUAAAAUUGGUGGCCUAGGCAAUGGAAGGGAAUUGUGAUGGAGAUGCAACAGGUGAUGAUCGAAUUUCCAAUUUGCCAGAGCCAAUUUUGCAUCACAUCCUCUCUUUCCAAGGCUUUGGCUAGUGCUUGAGAUUCACUCCCCUCCUGAAAUUUUGGUUAUAUUUUCGACUGGUCAAACUGUAUGAAUGUUGUUAUAGAUCAAACUCUAGCAAAUAGGAAAAAGCACAAGAUUUCCAUUCAAAAGUUCUCUCUAUGGUCAGGCUAUUUUGCUCGUCUUACUUAUGCCGAUAGAUGGAUUAAGAUACUCAUAGCUUGUAAUAUCAAAGAGUUGAAUCUAAGAGUAGACAGACAUAAUUUUCAAGGCGGCUUCGAAUAUGGCAGCUUGCCUGAGGCAAUCUUUGCUGCCAGAUCGCUAAAUGUGCUGAGUUUGUAUAGAUUUAAGAUUGAAUUGCCCACUGAUGAUGGUACGAUAAAGUUAUCAUCUUUGCGAGAGUUGCACCUCUCUUAUGUGUUUUUGGAUGAGCAAUUUAUUGAGUCCCUGUGCACAAGCUGCUGCAAUUUAGAGCAUUUGUCUUUUCAGGAUUUCAAAGGAUUCACCAGCUUUCAUGUUGGUGAGACUUUACCUAAACUGAAAAAGGUAAACUUACAAUUUCCCCGUUCUAUACUCCAGUUGGUUGAUAUUGCAGCAAUUAAUCUCGAAGAGCUUAGGAUCGACGGCCUUAACAGGAUUGCAAAGUUUGUUAGAAUAACUGCUUGCAAAGCCCUUAAGAGUUUGUACCUCGGUGGUGUGGAUGUCACCGACAAUUGGUUAGAGGAACUAUUUUACGAACUACAAAAUCUUGAAAAGCUUUGACUUAUCUCGCUGCGAUACAUUGAAAAAUAUGAAGAUCACAUGUGGCAGUCUCAAAUGGCUGACAACCUUAGAUUGUGAUAAUCUGAUUGCUGCUGACUUCGACACUCCUAAUUUAUUCAAGUUCCAAUUCAGAAGUUAUUAUCCAACUUCAACAUUCAACUUGAAAGCUUCAGCUUUGCUGAAAGCCGUUUUCCAGUUGUACCCAAUAUCUGGUGACAGUGGUGGGCACUCUAAGCUGAUGAAAUUUCUUGCGAACUUCAAUCAUUCCAAGUCUAUUGAAUUAUCGCGCCACUGCGACAAGGACAUAGUUAUACCAAAAGACCUGAGAGAAAUCCUCCUUCCACCCCUUUAUGGUACUAAUAUUUUGCGAGUGAACUUUCUUCAUCAAUUCAAUAAUUCAGUUGUCGAUGUUGUUGAUAGUAUUCUUUGGAUUUCUCCUCACCUGGACACCCUAUCUUUUACCCAAGCUCCAGGCUUAAAAACCAUGAAGUUCAUAUAUGAAGAUGCAUUGGAUGAAGACAAGAAGCCUUGUUGUGCAUCUCUACCAUGGAAAUGUUGGGAGGCAUACAUUAAAGAAAGUCGAAUUGCAUAACUUUUCAUGUAUGGAAGAAGAGAAGCUAAGAAACUACUUUUUCGCCAAUGCAGAAAACUUGGAGAUGGUUGAGAUCAGCCUUUGACUAGUACUAGUAAAUCACUUUUACAGAUUUAAUAUAUUAAAUUGUACAUUUGCUAGCAUAAGUAUCUUGGAGUACAUUCAUUAUUGUUGCACCUUUGACUAGUGAAUGACUAACUUUAAUGGUAUCGCCAAAACAUGUUGCCUUAUCAGGUUUAAGCAUUUAAUCCGAUAAAUCAUGAAAAACACAAACUAAAAUAGUACCAGUAAGAUUUUAUCUGAUAUGAGAAAGCAGAAAUUUUGCAAGAAAAUCCAUUUUGCUUAC